AUGACCAACCCAACCCGACCACUCGGCGAGGUCCACCGCGUCCCCCGAACCUACAAUUUACCCACUCAACUACACGCCGUGGUGGAACGCUACAGAAAGCUGCGCCUACACGGACUCAAGGUGGACCCGCAUGCAUUUUCAUCGACAUACGAGCGCGAGUCGCAAUUCGAGCAGGACAAAUGGAUCGCCCGGAUUGAGAACCCAGCAGGCAAGACCUUUGUCUCGGUGAUUCCGUGCAAGGAGCCAGUAUUGACCCGUGAAAAUGAAAUAAUCAUUGCGAGUGACAGUUCCGGCGCUCUGGGGUCGCUCUUGAGGAACGAGUGGACUGGUCAACUGACGCUUAUCGGGCCGGAAGUCCUCGCCAUACAGGGCGAUGAGACUGCCGAGACUGGCCUAGCGAAGCCCUGGUCUGUUUUCUUUCAGGAUGAGCAGUGCAUUCCGCCAUUGACGCCGACGGAGACGAUGGAUUUGCGCGGUGCGCAUCUUGUUUACAUGGUUGUGGGCAUGUUUGUCUCGCCCGAGUCUAGACGAGGGGGUCAUGGCCAACGGCUGAUCGAAGCUGCGGUCCAGGCUGCUCGGGAAGAGGGCCAGACCCGAGGGGCAGCGUCUGUUCGGAUUGUGCUGAUUGUUGAGCCUGAGAAUCAUGGGGCACAGAAGCUGUACGAGAGGACCGGGUUUGCCUUGUGGGAUGAUACGGUACUAGAGAGGAAUUCGGGGAAGCUGUCGCGAGUGCUGGCCAUGGUAAGAGAGGUGGUCAUGUGA